UUGCUUUCUUAAAUGAAGAGGAUGGUGAUGAAGAUGGCUGCUGUCUCUGCCAUCUCUCUGCUCCUGCUCUGUUGCUUCACCCUCUCCUCAGCAGGUUCUAAAGUGUGCGACCACUACGCCGCAACAGGCGAUAACUUUACCGUGACUCUGAAACACAAACUGGUCAACUCAGAACGACUGAUAUGGAAGCGUGGCGAUGUCACGAUUAUAGAUCGAAGAAAAGACAACGUAAUUACCACUGGAAAGAGGGAGGACCUUGACGAAAAUGGAUCACUGAAGCUGAAAAAUCUGAACAAAGACCAUUCAGGGAUAUACAGCCCUGAAGUUUUCAACACAAAAGGAGAGAAAUCAUCAAAUUUGAAAGCCACAAAUUUAUGUGUAUUGGACCGUGUACCGAAGCCUACAGUGACGGUGGAUUGUCUCAAGCCUCAUGUCAAAUUUACCUGCAAGGUGCAAACUCAGCAGAUGGAGGGGAUCGGCUAUGAAUGGCUCCAGAACAACAAUGUGGUGAAUGAGAAGACAAAAACUCUGACACGAGUAGCUGAAAUGGUGGAAAAAGAUUCCUUCAGUUGCAACAUUUCCAAUAGUGUCAGCUUUAUGAUCAGUGCACCUGUUGAACAAAAGUGCUUUAAGCCCAAGUCCAUUUUCCCUGAAAAAUUAUUAGGAAUUAAUACCUGGAUUUUCGUGGGUGCUGGAGGAGGUAUUGUUCUGGUGCUGAUUAUUGUCGUUAUCGUUUGCUGCAUCCGAACCAAGCGGAGAAAACGCAUGCAACUAAAGGAGGAGGGAGAGCUUCGUUUGGCAUGGACGAAUGAACAACAUCAUCAACAUAGCCAUCCUCCCGAUCAACAUCAACGUCAGCACCAUCACCACCACCACCACCACCACCACCAGCAGCAGCCGGCCGGCCACACCGGUCCUCGCCAGCAUCGCUCCAAACAGCACCGCGACCAGCAGCGUCCCAGAGCCCCCGACCACCACGGUGGUCACCCUCAGCACGGUGGUCACCCUCAGCCCGGUGGUCAGCCUCAGCCCAGCCCCCGAAGACCUGCACAUGUAGGAGACUGCAGUGGAUCUGUGAAGGAGAACUCAACAUCUUAUGUCGACAUCAGUGCGGCAUCUGAUCUCUACUUUUCCCUUUCUUUCAGGCCCCCCCUAGACCAGUGGAUAACACUGAUGACGAGCAGCCUCCUCCUCUUCCUCAGCCCAGGAAGAAAGCUCCGAAAACACCAAGAGUGUGACACCAUGUGAGUGUUAGAGUUUAGAAAACAUAAUCCAUCCUCUUUUGUCCGGGCUCAUCUGCUCUCCUCAUUUUCUUUUUUUUUUGUUCCCAAUUUACUUCUCUCUUCUCUAAACAUCAUGAUUACAUCAGGGAGUGGUGAAAAUUUGAUCAAACUUAGAGUUGUAAUUAAGUGGUUGAAAAUCACUUAGAGCAAAGUCAAAGCUGUGAAAGCUGAAGUCAAACUAUGAGUCUUAAUAAGCUUUCAGUUAAUAACAUGAUGAACAAACUUGGACUGCCCUAAGUCGUAUAACAUUGUAUAUCAUUCGUUUUGUUAUUUAGUCAUCAUAACCUUAUAAUUAUAUUUUAACUGGUUUUUUUUUUUUCAACAUAACCCACCAUCUUACUAAUACAAUUUAAUGACUUUAUCAUAUGUGAUAACAAAUAAUACUUUAAGGUCAUGAUGUCAAACUAUUAGAGUGCUCUUUAAAAGGGUUAUUUUUGUACUUCUGUUGUUUUUUUAACACAGGUCCUCUUCUUUAUAUAUUUUGAUGUAUGUGUCAGAUAUAACUCGUCUUCUCAGAAAGAUGUAUGUGUCCAGGGACUCUUAACUUUCCUCUAACAUGACUGAAAUCAACAUGGAAGGAAACAAAAAUAAUGUUCAGCAAACUACAUCUGUCGAGGAAGACCAUGAGAUUCCAGAAAGAUCAGGGAAAAGCUGGUUGUUCCACCUUGAGUUAAAGGUUAAAGGCGCACUCCCUGAUUUUGUGAUAACCUCUUAUCAACCCCUAUAUUCAGUAAGCAAUACUGGGUGCUAAUACAGAGUCAAGGAGCGUUGAGUUUGAUGAGAAGAUUGAUACACUCUCAUGUUUAUACACUGAAUAUGAAACUGCUGUUAGCCGCUGGUUAGCUUAGCUUAGCAGAGAGGCUUAAAGACAUGUGGAAAAUGUGAGCACCUACCAGCGCCUCUAAAGCUCACUAAUUAACAGAUUUUCAGGUUUGUUUAAUUUGUGGACAAACAGAAGUCUAAGAAACAGCAAGUCUUGGUACAGUGAACUUUGAAGGUGCUGGUAUGCAGAUGUUGUUACAAUUUAUUUGGAAAGAGCCAGGCUUGCUGUUACGGUCUUUAUGCUAAGCUAAGCUAACCUCACCAACUGAUGGCUGUGGCUUCAUAUUUAACAGACAGACAAGAGAGUGGUAUCAAUAUUUUCAUCUACAGUAGGGGUGGGCAGAUGGAUCUUAAAGUAUCAAUACUCUAGAUACUACGUUUUCAUUUUGAAAACUGAUAUUAGCAUCAGUAAGAUCGAUACCUGAAAAAGGGAUUAGUUCCUCUCUUACAUGUAGCAUCCAAAUCUCUGACACAAAGCCAGAGGUCAGUCUUCUCAGAGAGGUUCAGAAAAGGAAAAUCCAGUUACACAAUAGCCAAGUGAAAUUAAUAUUUUAGUCAAAUCAGAUCUUCAGCAUUGGUUAUUUUUGCAUUUUCAUACUGUAAUAUUGGUCAUCAGUUGCUCUUACUUAAGCAUAUUUAUGAUUGGCCUCAUAAAUCAUGACACCGCUUCUUCCCAAAUUAAAAAAGUCACUUUUUAGUAUCGUAUUGUAUCGUAUCGUACCGUAUCGUAACGCUAUUGUCGACUCCAGCCCUGUAUUGCUUGGUAUUGGAUCAAAAUCAAAUUUUGCGGUAUCGCCCACCCCUAAUCUCUCUGCAAGAAAGCAACUGAGCAUAGUUCCAUAAAUAUCAAACUAUUCAUUAAACAUGUAAGUUGUUUCUUUGGUAUUUAAUUUUAUAUGACAAUUUUCUUGUUCCAGUUUCUGGAUUUUUUUUCUCCAUGAUUUUAUGUUCUACCUAAUUUUUUUUUUUUUUCAGACAGGCUGCAGAAAAGAAUGUCAUUUGAAAUGUUUUCAUUGUUUUCAUUCAUCACAUACUUUUACUGCAGAAAAAACUAUUUUAUGUUCAUUUGUAAGCAGUUCUUUGUAAUCUCUUUUUUUAUGUAUUUGUGUUGUGAAUUGAUGAAUAAAAGGAAUGUUAUCAGCUGCAAUAGACCGAAUCAAAAUGUUUGUUGACAAUAACGCUUGGGUAGAAAACUCCAGCAUCACAUACGUACAAUUAACGGCUCUGAGUAAAUGGGGGCAAGAACCAGCUUAAUUAACAAUAAAAACUGGUUACGUUUCCUUGUAUUAAAGUGUACUGGGUAACAAUAAUAAAUGGAGGAGGAUUCGGGUUUUUCUAAUUUAUCAGAUUGGCCAUGGACUAAAGAGGACAGCUUGAUCCCAAAUCUAGCAGUUCAGUCAGGAACACUUUUGUCAGGGAAAACUUAAUGUCCAUUUGCAGUGUUAUAUUUGGUGGUAUGGCUCUGUUCUGGGGCCUCUCUGCCUUUCCUUGGGGUGUAUGCAGAAAGCCGCUAACGCGCCUAUGUGGAAAGCAUAAGGUGGAGAGUGCACACCUCUCUGCCCUUCCAUGCACCUACAUGGAAAGGGAGAGCAGCAAAAUUACAAUGUAAAUAAAUCACAUUUCGCUGCAAGUCAACACAAUUGAUCAUUGUCCACGCGGAAGUGAUUGUUGUUGUUAGCAUGACAUCAUUUUGAUUCGGUCUAUAAAUCACACAGACCUAACAAACUAUGUUGCCGUCAUUUAUGCUUUACUUUUGGAAACUUGCUCGUCCCUCAGGGUUGGUCUAUGAAAAGACAGGUCAGUUAACCUGCAAUAACAUGAAUAAAUGUCAUUCAUGUUUAUAUGCAGUAUUAUGCUUUUUAUUUAUGUAUAAAACCAAUGUGCCAAAGCAUUUACAUCAUGUCCAUCGAAGUAUCUGCUGUAAAAAUGUUGAUUUGAAGUGUACACAGUAUUGUCUUUAAUAAAUAGUGUCAAUGCUAAUGCAACUUUCCACUGAAAUAUGAGCAGGUUUCACACUGUGUGAUUUUCACUUCUGCAGCCCGCUGUUUUCAGGCUGAACAAUGCAGACAGACUCUGUGUGUGUGUGUGUGUGUGUGUGUGUGUGUGUGUGUGUGUGUGUGUGUUUCAGUCAUAUAUCCUGUGUCUUUUUGCUGAAAAUGUGUUUGUGGUUUUGAGUGCGUUAGCGUUGCUGAGCUCUGCCGAGUGCAAGAUGAUUAUCUGGUGUGUGUGUGUGUGUGUGUGUGUGUGAGGUUUUCCUGUACUUGCAGCUUCAUUAUGGCAACAGAAAAUUACAAAAUUUGACACCAAAGACAUGUUUUAUUCUGAAGUGAUCUCAUUUAAUUUAAUAAAUGUAAUGUAUUUUAAUUUUCUGCUCACUACUUCUGUGCAUCAUUAUGCUGUUACUCUACACCCACAUUGUGCUGCUGUUCACUGAUUUUCACACAUUUCUUUCCCUCUUUGUAUGUCGAGCUGUUGUCAUAGUCUCUAAUAUUAGGUGUGAGCAAUUGUUUGAAAUGUUGAUUGCACGUUAAUAAGACUUGUGAAAUGGAUAGAUAAUUUCCUAGAGGCAUAAAAAGCGACAACUCUCCAGUUUUUCACACGGCAGCUGCAGUUCUUUGAGAAAGCUCAAAACAAACUUAGUAUUUUUAUGUUGAAGAAAUGUUUUCUUUUAGCUUGAGAUUUUGUUCUGCCCUCUUCUUUAUGAAUUUGGCUGGUAAAAAAAAACAUGCUCAGCGUGUGGAUUUUUUCAUCAACUAGCCUCCAUGGCUGGGUGGUCUAAAAGUUAAUUUAGGACACUGUAUGUAACUUUUUGUUAAGUACGUAACAAAAUUCAUGGGGUGCUAAUUCAUUAAAUAUCAUACCAACCGUUGUAUGAGGAUCUGUUGACACUUUGAACCUUAAAUUAGACACCUUCUCACAAUUCCUAUAUUUUAUUUGAAUCUACAGCAUGCAACUUAAUUUUGUGUUAGCCAACACAGGAAUCCAAGGUGUGUUUGCUCUUCCUGGGACGGUUAGGACAGUUACCCGGGGCAGUUUGUUGAUUUCUAUUAAUAGAUUUAGACUGCUGAGCUGAAUUAAUAGAUGUCAUAUAGGCCUACCUUUCAACCACUGAGUAUAUUUGAAAUAUAUAGACUUCAACUAUUUAACUUCUUUUUCACUCUCAGGUUGUUGUUAUUGACUUCUGUUUAAUUUAUGGUCUUCUUUUCGUACUAAAACUCUGCAGUAGUACUACUAGUGUUCUGUUCAUGUUGAUUUCUUGUUUGUUUCUUUUGUUUUUAUAAGAAAUGCCUUUUAAUCCAAAUCCUCUGGUACAGCUUGAUUCUUGUUUGGCAAAGUGAUCUAUUGGUUGCAUUAAAAACUGUGCAGAUUUAUUUAAUUCUAUUAAAAUGUAUGUUGGAAGAAACUUCAGAAACAGCAGCCAAACAGCAUGGUGCAUGUGCAAUGUGGGGGACAAAACAAAGAUUUUCUGAUUUUGAUUUCAACUCUGCAUUGCCUGCAUUGACUCAUUGUGUCCACCAGAUGGUGCUGAUGUAGCUUCAUGCACACAGGACCAAUCAACUGGAAUUAGAUCUGUUCACAGCAUCAUUAUCAAACAUGCCAAAAUAAUCAGAUUUCAUGCAGUUUAUGCAGAUUGUUUGUGUAAAAUAUGAAUUUUAUAUUUUUACUCAAGUAUAAUGUUUUCAUUUUACAGGUUAGGAAAAUUCUCCAACCCAAACCUCCUUUAAAAACUCAAUUUAUUAUCCAAAAAUAUGAGUAAUGAUAGUGAUAACACACAUCACACUGUGAAAACACAUUUAAUGAAUCAAAGAAUAUCAUCCCCAACCUUUUCAAGGUGUCAAGUGUCAUGUACAGUACAAUUUCUUAAAUCUGUAUUGUUAAAGUUCUUUCUCUGAGGACAGAAGGUGGUGCCAUAGGUCCAUUUUUUCUCUACUAUAGGUCAGAAUGUUGACCUGUACUGUUACAUCACGAGUGGAGUUUAAUCCAGCUCUGUCUUGCACCAUCCAGUGUCCAGUGUUAUUUUUCAGCUGUUCAAAUUUAUUUGUUCUUAAUCUUGAUUUUUUGGCAGAUUAAUAUUCAAUAAAAUGUUGUUUUUUAA